UUUUAAUUUAACCUUUCUCAUCUUUUCUUUUCUAUCCUAAACUCCCAAACUAAGCCCUAGGGUUUUUGACGUCGCGCCGUCGUUUCUCCAAACCCCUCAGGCAACGAAAUGGCUCCAAAGAGAGGUGCGAGGGCUCCAGCUGCAGUGGCGAGGAGGAAAACCGAGAAGGUGGCGAAUCCUCUGUUCGAGAAGCGUCCGAAGCAGUUCGGAAUUGGAGGAGCCCUCCCACCGAAGAAGGAUCUCACCAGGUUCGUCAAAUGGCCUCUCAACGUCCGGAUCCAGAGGAAGAAGAGGAUCCUCAGGCAGCGCUUGAAGGUUCCUCCGGCGCUCAACCAGUUCUCCAAGACUCUCGACAAAAAUCUUGCAACAAAUCUGUUCAAGAUGCUUCUCAAGUACAGGCCUGAAGACAAGGCAGCCAAAAAAGAGCGUCUUCUCAAGAGAGCUCAAGCUGAGGCUGAAGGGAAAGCUUCUGAUGCUAAGAAGCCAAUUGUUGUCAAAUACGGUUUAAAGCAUGUGACGUACCUUGUUGAGCAGGUCUUUAUCCUACUUUUCUUCUAUACUCUGUUGGUUUUCUGUAGUGUCUCACUCUUGGUAGUGCAAGCUGUGGCUCAUAGAAAUUAUUUUCUGCAGAACAAGGCACAAUUGGUGGUUAUUGCUCACGAUGUGGACCCAAUUGAGUUGGUUGUUUGGCUUCCUGCUUUGUGCAGAAAGAUGGAAAUUCCCUAUUGUAUUGUGAAGGGAAAAUCGCGAUUGGGAGCGAUUGUUCAUAAGAAAACUGCAUCAGUUUUGUGCCUGACCUCAGUGAAGAAUGAAGAUAAAUUGGAGUUCUCGAAAAUUUUGGAGGCCAUUAAGGCUAACUUCAAUGAUAAAUACGAGGAGUACAGGAAAAAGUGGGGUGGUGGAGUCAUGGGGUCCAAAUCUCAAGCAAAAACCAAGGCGAAGGAGAAGCUUCUUCAAAAGGAAGCCGCUCAGAGGAUGUCUUAGAAAGAGCGAUUUUCCUCCUUGUCCUGAUUUUUAUUUGCGGCUUUAGAUUUUUUGCUUCUGACAUACAUAUGUAUUUUUGGUAGACAUUUAUUUGGCAUGUUUGAUUAUCAAAACUUCGUGCAAUAGUUAAAUUUUGUGUUGACUGCUUGCUUUAUGAAUGGUAGUUGUUUCCUUGAGUUGUGGCUAA